CUUUGCAAAUCCCUUAUGCAUUAGGAAUAUCUUCAAACAACAACAACAAAAUCAUGAAAUUCACACCACCAUUAUUAUUACACAUAAAAGCCAGACCCACAUUAACAACAUUAUUAAUGGGACAAUGCAGGAUGAAGAAUAAUAAUAAUAAUUAUGAAAAAGAGAAGUGCUACAUUGCAUGGUGCAUUCACGAUGAUGGAUCAAAUAAAGGUUUAUUAGAUGAAGAUGAAGAUCGUUCUCCACGUUCACUAGUGCUACAUUUCUAUAAGGCCUUGGAAGAAAAAAACAUUGAAAGAAUGAAGCAAUUGCUUUCACCCAAACAUUGUUCUUAUCAUGAUUUCCUCUUCUACGGUCCCUAUGAAGGAAAACAGAAUGUGCUCAACUUUUUGGAGAGUGCCAUGGAUGCAUUGGGUGAAAGUGUUAAAAUUAAGCUAGAAAUUGUUGAUGAGGAUCAGAGAAAUUAUUCUUCAGUCAAUGUUUACUGGCACCUAGAGUGGCAAGGAAAGAAGAUACCCUUCACAAGUGGAUUCAGAAUCUUUACGUUUGAAGAAGUUGAAGGAAGAUUGUUUAUUAGCCAGAUAACCGGCUUGGAGGAACUUCCUUUAAAACCUGGGGACCUAAUACUGAAAUUGAUAAAGUCAAUCCGUACGGUCUUUGAUAAUUAUCCACUAAUUGGUGAAGGAAUUCUUGACUCCCAUGCCUCACAAGAUAGUAGGAAUACCCAACAGAGAAAGGAUCCUUUUGAUAUUUUUGGACAGAAGAAUUGAAAUGUUUGAGUAUCUCCAAUGGCUUCCCACAAAUUAAAGUGAAUGAAGGACGUGCAG